CAGAGUAGACGUGUGACUGCAAUAAUAACAGAGACACUGAGAUCAGUUGUGUGCAGGUUAAAGGCUUAGGUCAACAGAAAUGGGGCCCUUGACAGUAACUCAGCUUCUUGCCUUAAUCUCAUUGACUAUGACCCUAGACAAUGGACUGCUGAGGACUCCACCUAUGGGAUGGAUGGCCUGGGAACGCUUUCGCUGUGAUAUUGACUGUAAAGAUGACCCAGAGAACUGCAUUAGCGAAGAUCUGUUCAGAGACAUAGCUGACCGGCUGGCUGAGGAUGGCUGGAAGGAGCUGGGUUAUGAGUAUGUGAUCAUAGAUGACUGCUGGAUGUCCAUGCUGAGAGAUGAACACGGGAGACUGCAGCCAGAACCCUCCAGGUUCCCAGGAGGCAUUGCAAAACUGGCGAGGUAUAUCCAUGACCGUGGACUGAAGCUGGGCAUCUAUGCAGACAUGGGCACUCACACAUGUAUGGGAUUCCCCGGCACCACACUGGAUAAAAUUGAGAUGGAUGCCCAGACCUUUGCCAGCUGGGGGGUAGACUAUCUGAAGUUUGAUGGCUGUUACUCAAAUCCUGUAGAACAAAUGCUGGGUUACCCUCUGAUGUCUAAGGCUUUGAAUGCUACAGGCAGACCUAUGGCCUUCUCCUGCAGCUGGCCUGUCUAUGUGGGUGGUCUUCCACCUAAUGUGAACUACACUCUUCUGGGUGAAAUUUGUCACCUGUGGAGGAAUUACUAUGACAUCCAGGACUCCUGGGACAGUGUGCAAGACAUCGUUGAUUGGUUCUCCAACAACCAGGAUGAUCUGCAGCCGGCUGCGGGGCCUGGACGAUGGAAUGACCCUGACAUGCUACUCAUCGGAAACUUUGGUCUGAGUGUGGAGCAGGCUCGCUCUCAAAUGGCUCUGUGGGCUGUCAUGGCUGCACCUCUCAUCAUGUAUGACCUGCGGAACCUGGACAACAGCGCCAGAGCCAUCCUACAAAACAAAGUGGCCAUUGCCAUCAAUCAGGACUCUAUGGGGAUCCAGGGAAGGCGCUUGCUGCAGGAGAAGAGUCAUAUUGAGGUCUACUGGAGGCCUCUGUCUCACUCAGCCAGUGCCCUUGUCCUGAGUCGGCGGAUGGACAUGCCCUACCUCUACCACACCUGUCUGGCUAAACUCAACUUCGAUGCUGGCAGCUAUGAGGCCUAUGACGUGUUCAUUGGCUCGACAGUGACGGGGUUGAAUGCAACCACAGAGUUUGCCGUCUCCAUCAAUCCUUCAGGUGUUGUCAUGUGGUAUGUUUACCCAGAGCAACAGUCCAGACAGACAGGAACACUUCACCUCCAGCACAGGAAGGCCUCACAGUUCGCAUUCCACAAAGCUAAAGCCGUGCAUCACACUGUGUUAUGAAGAAACUGUUAGUAAGAAGCUGUAAGCUGGAAUUUUAUAAAAUCAUUUCAAAUGCUG